AAGAGUGCUCUCUCUCUCUCUCUCUCUCUGGCUAUUUCUCCCCAUCUACCUUCUACACUUCUAUCUAUAAGUACUUUCCCUCUUUUUCCGAACUCCAGCUUUUACCCUUUCAUCUUCUCUCUUCUCCCGUCUCAAAUUCUCCCCCAUGGCCUCCUCUUUGGCCUGCUCCGCUGACCAACUCUCCCAACUCACCUCAUUCUUAGGUGCCAACGCCACCAACGCCGCCUCUUUUCUCUGCGAUCGCUUCCAAAACAUCGAUGAAAAAUUCACAGAUGCAGCCUACGCCAUCGACUCUACCUACCUCCUCUUCUCGGCCUACUUAGUCUUCUCUAUGCAACUCGGUUUCGCCAUGCUCUGCGCUGGCUCCGUUCGCGCCAAAAACUCUAUGAACAUUAUGUUAACCAACGUCCUUGACGCCGCCGCCGGUGGCCUCUUUUACUACAUGUUCGGCUUCGCCUUCGCUUUUGGUACUCCCUCCAAUGGCUUCAUCGGCCGCCACAACUUCGCUCUCAAGUCUAUUCCAUCUGGAAACUUUGACUACAGUAAUUUUCUUUUUCAGUGGGCUUUUGCAAUCGCCGCCGCUGGGAUCACCAGCGGUUCCAUCGCGGAACGGACUCAGUUUGUCGCUUAUUUGAUUUAUUCCUCGUUCUUAACCGGGUUCGUUUACCCGGUUGUCUCUCAUUGGUUCUGGUCAGUCGACGGGUGGGCUAGUGCAACGAACACUGGUAAUCUUUUAUUUGGAUCUGGUGUCAUAGAUUUCGCCGGGUCGGGUGUGGUCCAUAUGGUAGGUGGUAUCGCUGGCCUCUGGGGUGCGUUCAUUGAAGGUCCAAGAAUUGGAAGAUUUGACCACUCGGGUCGGCCAAUUGCCCUUCGUGGCCACAGCGCUUCACUUGUGGUGCUUGGAACCUUCAUGCUUUGGUUCGGGUGGUACGGGUUCAACCCGGGUUCGUUUAAUAAGAUUUUUAGCGCAUACAAUUCGGGUGCUUAUUAUGGACAGUGGAGUGCUGUUGGAAGAACGGCCGUUACCACGACGUUAGCAGGAUGUACUGCGGCUUUAACAACACUUUUUGGUAAAAGAAUUAUGUCCGGCCACUGGAACGUCACCGAUGUUUGCAAUGGUUUGCUCGGAGGUUUCGCCGCCAUUACUGCCGGCUGCUCCGUGGUGGAGCCAUGGGCUGCUAUCAUUUGUGGGUUCGUGGCGGCUCUGGUAUUGAUUGGGUGCAACAAGCUCGCCGAGAAGCUUAAAUUCGAUGAUCCGUUAGAGGCUACACAGUUGCACGGCGGGUGCGGCGCGUGGGGGGUGAUUUUCACGGCUCUGUUUGCUACUGAGAAGUAUGUGAAUGAGGUUUACCCAGGUAAAGCGGGUCGGCCAUACGGGUUAUUCAUGGGCGGUGGUGGAAGGCUUUUGGCUGCCCAUGUGAUUCAGAUCUUGGUGAUUGCCGGGUGGGUUAGCGCCACAAUGGGGACUCUGUUCUUUAUACUUAACAAGCUCAAGCUAUUGAGAAUCUCGGCGGAGGAUGAAUUGGCGGGUAUGGAUUUGACCCGGCAUGGUGGCGCUGCCUAUAUUUACCAUGAUGAUGAUGACACACUAAAGAAUGGGAUUCAAUUGAAAAAAAUUGAACCUUCUGCUGCGACACUCACUUCGGUUUAGAUGAGUUUGAAAUUUCUUCGUUCCACUAUUUUAGUUUGACUUUGGUUCAAUAUUUUAAUGACGUGAGAUUAGCUUUAGUUCAGGGUUUGGUGGAUUUGUAGAAAAACCAGGAUUUGUGAUUAUUAUUAUUAUUAUUAUUAUU